AUGGACUCAUAUGAUGGAUAUAGCCAUGAAUGUGAUAGCGAAGUGAAUGAAUCUGGUGAGUGUAGCACCACAGGGAAGCCACCACAGGGUGAGCUGGUGGAAACAGUGGUGGAUGCUGGUGAAUGUAGUCACGGGCCUGAGGAGGAAGAGGACUAUGAAUUUGAGGUUUUAGAUCCCGAGGAAGUCCACCAACAUAUGUUGCAAUGUAUCAGGGAGAUAAACGAGGUCAUCCAAAAUCCUCCAACAACAACACGCAUCCUUCUCAGUCACUUCAACUGGGAUAAAGAGAGACUUUUGGAAAGAUAUUUUAAUGGUAAUCUGGACAAGCUUUUCUUUGAGUGUCAUGUUAUUAACCCCAGUAAGAAGGUUCUGAGGCGUAGUCCAGUAACGACCAGGUCAUUGACUCAGGGCGCGGAUUGUGACAUAUGCUGCGAAAACUUCCCCAGCUCUUAUUUUACAGGCCUGGGGUGUGGACAUAGGUUUUGCAUACAGUGCUGGGAAUUUUACCUGUCCAAAAAAAUCAUAGAAGACGGAACAGGACAGACUAUUUCUUGUCCUGCCCAUAGUUGUCCCAUUUUGGUCGAUGACGACACAGUUAUGGGUCUCAUAAAAGACUCAAAAGUCAAGUUAAAGUACCAGCAUUUAAUCACAAACAGUUUUGUUGGGUGCAAUCUAUUGUUGAAGUGGUGUCCUGCGCCAGACUGCUGUCAUGCUAUCAAAGUCCAGUACCCAGACGCCAGGCCAGUGAGGUGCAGGUGUGGCCAUCAGUUCUGUUUCAACUGCACACAGAUAUGGCAUGACCCUGUUAAGUGUAAGUGGCUGAAAAAAUGGAUAAAAAAAUGCGACGAUGACAGUGAGACUUCGAACUGGAUUGCAGUCAAUACUAAAGAGUGUCCAAGAUGCCAUGUGCCCAUUGAGAAAAACGGGGGCUGCAAUCACAUGGUUUGCCGAAACCGCAACUGCCAAGCGGAGUUCUGCUGGGUCUGCCUCGGUCCAUGGGAGCCGCAUGGUUCCGCCUGGUACAACUGCAAUCGCUACAACGAAGACGAUGCCAGAGCAGCCAGAGAUGCCCAAGAUCGCUCCAGGGCAGCCUUGCAGAGAUACCUAUUCUACUGCAACCGUUACAUGAACCACAUGCAGAGCCUGCGCUUUGAGCACAAACUCUAUGCUCGGGUCAAAGAGAAGAUGGAGGCGAUGGAGCAACACAUGUUCUGGAACGAGGUGCAGUUCCUGAGGAAGGCCAUGGUUGUGCUGUGCCAGUGCCGCUCCACGCUCAUGUUCACGUAUGUCUUUGCCUUCUACCUCAAGAAGAACAACCAGUGCAUUAUUUUUGAAAACAACCAGGCAGACCUGGAAAAAGCCACUGAGGUCCUGUCCCGAUACUUAGAGCAAGACAUAUCCCACGAUUGCCUGCAGAAUUUGAAGCAGGAAAUACAAGACAAAUACAGGUACUGUGCGAGCAGACGAGAAGUGCUGCUACAGCACGUUCAUGAAGGAUAUGAGAAUGACCUGUGGGAGUACACUGAGGAUUGA